AUGGACGGCUACCGAUUGGAAAAAGUCGCUGGCCGCGGCGCGUUUGGAGUGGUUCUUGUCGCGCGCUGCGUUUCCGUAAGUUCGUUCAAGAUACUGCAGAUCUAACCUCGAAAUUAUUCAGACGAAGAAACGAGUGGCGAUCAAACGAAUGCUGCUGGAAUCGGCCGACCGUUUGGCCGUCGCCCGAGAGCUCAGCGCUCUUCGUUGUCUUCAACAUCCAAAUGUUCGUUGAAAAAAAAAAGCGAAAAACUUCAAAAGAAAGUCUCAAAAAUUUAAAUUUAAAAUAUUGCAGUCGGUUCAAAAUUUAUUUUAACCACUUGUCAAAGCGUGCUCCAGCGCACUUUUUUUCACCUCCUGGCUUCCGAUUUAAUUUUAGCUUUUUUUCGUUUUUUUCAAUUUCAAAUUUUGUGUUCUGUCUCUUAGCUUCCAAGCUAAACGAGCUUUCUGCUUAUUUGGAAAAAGGUUACGGGAAAUCAUACAUAUUUGAAAAAAAAAACAUAAAUUCCUUUGAAAGUUUUCUAGCGUGCGUCUAUUCUCGCUUUUUUUUCGUCUUUUAACAUAAUUUUCCGCAGGUAUUGAAGUACCUCGACGUUUUCGCCGCUGGAGGAACUCUGUCUAUAGUCACCGAGGAGGUCCCCUACACUUUGCACGACGUCAUCGUCGACGUAAAACGCCCGAAAACUGACCAAUUUCUCCGGUAAACUUAUUUUGAAUCAAAAAAUUACCUUUUUUGACCUCAAAAUCAUGAACCUGAAGUUUUCUGAUUUUUUUAAUUUUUUGCAGAUGGUUCUACUCUCAAUUACUCGAAGGAGUUUCCUAUAUGCAUUCGAAAGGAGUGAUGCAUAGGGUAUGCUACUUUAUAUGAUUGAAAAAUCGGGAUAUUCCAGGAUAUGAAGCCCGAGAACGUCCUGGUGACGUCACAGAACCUGGUGAAAAUCGCCGAUUUCGGCCAGGCCUGUCUGUAUGUGGGCAAUGACCCCAAGCGAGAAUAUGAUGAAAAUGUGGGUUUCUACGUUUUUUUUUUUAAAUGAACCAAGUCCUAUUAAAACGAUUACUAUCCUUGGGAAAACAAUUCUGAGCUGAACCUUAAUAAUAUCCAAUUUUUCAGCACUUUCUUCUCUUUAACCAUUCUUUUUCUUCUAUUUUUCUCAAUUAUGUUUCUUGGUAUCCAAAAGAAUAUUUCUCUCAUCUCUCUAUCAUUCCCAUUUGUUGCUUCUUUCCGAGUCGAAGAACAAGGUGUCGAAGGGCACGAAACAAGUGUCUUAGAUUGAUGGGCCAAAAUGUGUACAAAAUGGAUUGAGACGUCUUUUGAGCUUGAUUUCCCAGCUUUCCGCUGGUUUUUACGACUGCAAAACGACAAGACACAUUGAUGAAUGAGUCCUCGAUCGAACUUUUUUUUUGUUGAGCUGACUUUUUCUUAAAAAUCGCUUGAUUUUUCGUUGGAACUUAAUUUUUAUUACAGUAAACUUGUUCGGAUUUGUUCUGUUAGACGUCAUUUCAGCCCUUGAACUGUAUUCGUAUAGAAAAAUGAUGAUGAUGAUGAUUGAACUUUAACCAUUUGAUAGGUGAUUAGAAAAAAUUAUCUGAGAUUGGCUUGAAAUUUCAAAUUAUGGAUGGAUUUUCUCAAAAUCUGAAGAAAAAUUUGAAAAAGGAAAACAAAAUGUUUCAUCUGAUAACGAGAACUUUGAAUUUUUCUUAGUUCUGGACUUUUUUUCAAAGUUAAAACAAAACAUGUAUCCUCUACAUAACCAUUUCAAGUCUGAAAUGUUUUUUUUUCUUUUUUUCUUGCUUCCAUCUUCAUUUUUCUAUUAUUCAUUUUUCAAUAAACAUUAAAUCCGAUUUUUUUUUGAGUUUCGAAUGUAGUUUUCAAGAAGUUUUAGUCCAACUACUCAAAAAAAAAAAUCGAAAAUUUUAAACGAAAAUAGUAGCUUCGUCAUUCCUGAUGAAAAUAGGUUUCCAAAAGUUUUUAAGAGAAAAAAUAAUAUUUGAUCUUUUGCUGGGAACUUGCAGUUCGUUUUUUCAAUUAACAGUACCGAUUUUAGGAAAAUAAAUUUUACAGGUUGCGACAAGAUGGUAUCGAGCUCCAGAGCUGUUGUUCAGCUACAGGUCUCAAUUUUAAACUUUGAAUCAAGAAAGAACAAAGAGAAUAUUUUCAAGGAAGUACACUCCGACGGUUGAUGUUUGGGCGAUCGGCUGCAUCCUUGGCGAAUUUCUUCGGAGGAAGCCCAUUUUUGGGGUUAAUUUUUGGAGCAUCUUCUAUUCAUUCUAAAUUUUGAGAUACUCUGAAAAAAAUUUAUCUUUCUCAAAAGUCAGGCCCUUCAAGGAGGUUAUUUGACUUCAAGUCGCACAAAAUCUAAAGACUUCAGACGACAGAAAAAUGUCCUGAAAAUGAUAUUUGAGGAAAUUUAUACAAAUAAAGAUUUUGUAGAUUUUCGGAGUAUUCGCGUCUGUCUAGAGAAAAUGUCUAAAAAACUGUCUAGAGAACAUGUAGCAAUAAAUCCAAAGAGUACACGUUUUCAAAAAAUAUUACCGAGACCCUUUUUCACGAUUGGCUUCAUCCAUGAACCGGCUACAAUCUCUCAAUUUUAUUUUUGCCGGGUUUAAAAUCUCUGGAGCUUUGGGAAGGGCAGAGUGGUCCCCGAAGGAGACAAAAUAGCGCUCCCUAGAAGGCUAAAACUUAGGUGGUUCCUUAAGUGGUAUUUUUUAUCAUUUUAUUUUUUAUUUGUCAGUUUAAAAAGAGGUAUAUGAACCACUAGCACUUUCCUCUAAAGUGGCGUCUUACGGAAAACCCUAGUUUUGCUACUUUCGCAAGCUUCAGUGCCCUUAUAGUGGAAGGUAAGGGGAUCUGUAAAGAGGAAAUUUCCAGUGCCUAAAAAAGUUAUCUUCAUUUUUCGAAGAAGAUAUACGAAUCGCAUGAAGUAUCCGAUUUAUUUAUUGAUUUUUCAGGGAAGAAGUGACUUGGAUCAAAUCUCGUUGAUUUUCGGCGUCCUUGGAACUCCGACGGAUCAAUCUUGGCGGAGUUGGAAUAAGAUGCCCGACGCCGGAAAGCUGAUUUUCGCUUCGAGACCGGCUGCCAAGGAUUCCGACUGGUUUCAUUUGUGUAAGCGCUUUAUAAAAAAAUUUUCAGCCGGAGUUUUUUGAGUCCAGAAGGCUCCCUAUAGGGGUUAAGGUAAAAAAGCCGUGAUACUCUGAACCUCAAGUGGCCCCAAUAGGGUCUAUUAUUUUUGUUUAGAUUUGAAAUUUUAAAAGUCAUUGAUCCUCUGUUGAUAUUUUUCAUUCAAACGCUAAUUUAUUGAUUUUUUCACAUAUAAAUGCUUAAUCUCAUUGAAUUCAUAACAAUAAUCCACUUCCCUAUAGGGACCACCAACUAAAACCCCUAGGGGUCCUUUAGUGAUUCUAUAGUGGAGGCAAAGUGGUCUCUAGAGGGGAACCUUCAAGGCCUUUAAGGUUGCCCCUAUAGUUACCACUCUGGAAUUCUGAAAAAACCAGGAACGAUCAAACUUAUCGAAAAUUGUAUUCACUAAAGCGCCAAUCAAAUUCUUUCGAGUUUCCCUGUAGGAAUCACCAAAAUUUCCCCUUAUGAAAUCGUCGAGAAAUCCGAGCCAAUCCGUGCCUUGUCGAGCACGGACAAGCCAUUGUUAUUAUUUUUCGGAGAAAAUCACGCAAUCUGGUUGUUUUCUCGAUGGCGAAAAAACUACUAAAGCAAUUACUUGGAGUAAAGUCGUGACUUGUUGUAGUUAGAACCUGAGCGCAGGAGGAUAAUAAUAACGUCUUUUUUUUCUCUCGAGUAUGAAAGACUAGACGAUCUUGAAAAGUUAGAGGGUUUUCCAGGCUUGAUAGAGGUUGGAAAAUGAUCACUCUAGGAUCAAGCAAAUUUAUAAGUUAACAGUAACGUUCUUGGAAAAGUUGGUGUGUUCCAUAGGCUUUAAUGGAUGUUAAAAAAGUAUCACUUGUGGGUUUGAUGAGAUUUUUAGGUUAGUCAUCAACUCCAUGUUCGAAUUCAGAGAGGUAAACGAAUAACAGCAGCGAAGCGAUUGCUUUAAGUUGCGUCCGACUUGAAACGGCUUCCGCUUGAAAGUAUUGAAAAGCAAUAGAGUGGUUUUUUUUAGUCCGACCGUGUCGCAUUGAGCCAUUCCAAAUGCGACCAUAGCGUGCCAAGAAGCGGAGGUCAAUUUCAACUUCAUCAAAUUUCAGUGAACUCUGAAGACGUCACUCCAGGGUACCUGUCCUUCUUGAAGGCUCAUCUGCAGCUCUGUGGCGACUCCCGACCGACGGCGUCAGAACUGAAGCGACAUCCGUGGCUGACACCCGCAUCCGACCCUCCUCAGUACCGCCCGAAGCGGCAGACUCGCUCCAGAAGCCAUGACGCCGGCCAAAGAAGACGUCAGCAACUUCCAUCACUCCACGUUUUCUUUUGAGUUUUUCUUAUGAGCUGAUUCCUUUUUCAAGUUGCAUUUUGACUCGUAUUUUAUGGUUGAUAUGAAGACCGGGUUUUUACAGUUUUUUGGCACCUGAUAAUGGAAAAAAAAGAGUCGCCAAAAAUCUCAGACUUCAGAAAUAAGCUUUUUCUAAAACUCCGGGUUGAAACUUGGACGUGCGAGUCACUUUCAUCUCGGACCCGGGACCUUUCUGAGCAUUUCUAGGGACCACUAAAGUGAUCCCUCAAGUCUUGAACCUCUAAAGAGAUCCCUAACAAUGUUUUUGAAGGAGCUUUUUGAAAACUUUUCCGAGGUUGAAAAAAUACUUGUCAUUUUUCGUAUAGGCUUUUUUUGGCGGCUCAGUUUCCCCAAUUUUUGAUACUCAUAUACCUCCCAUAGUUUUGCCAGGACUUCCAGGAAAAACAAGAGAGUCAAGCUCUGGGAGGAAAACACGACCGCAAGAGUGAAUUGCUUGUCCACGUGUUGUAAAACAAGGGCCGGAAAGUGCUAAGCAGCCGGUGAUUUGUGUGACACAAAUCGCCGUUCUCAGCCCUACUUUUUGUCAUUUGUCAUUUUUGCAUAUGUGAAAAGCUCCCCGUUUUUGAAAUGCCAUCUGCCCAGCCUUUUUUUGAUCUGUAAAUUGACUUUUUUUCAAGAAUAAAUGUGACUGAUUGAUUGAUUUUCUCACAAAAAAAAUAUUUCGGAGUGUUUUGAUUUAUAUAAAUCAGUUUCUUUCUUCAUUUAGAAGCGUGUUUUGAUCUUAACUUGAAAAUUGAAACCUUUUUAGAAAUUUUCGAGACUCGGAAAAUAAAAGAAAUUUUUUGAGAUUAAUUUGAACUCUUGAGAAAAAUCUUGCAAAGCGUAUCUGGAUUCUACUCGAAAUCACACAGAACUCCGUAAUCUUAGAUAAAAAGGGGGUCAAAAGAUUGGGAAAAAAAAACUUCCGCGUAAAUGCAUCAAAGUUGCUCCAUCGAGUAACACCUUUUCGAAAUUUUUUUUCGCUCUUUUUUUCCUUUUUAUCCCUUUUUUGUUGCUUCUGGUGUUUUGAUUGAGAUUUCCAUAAUAAAAACCAUCUCCAAUUUGUUUUUACGUCAUAUUUAUUGUAUAUCCUUCAUGCCGAUUUCUGAAUUUUUGUAAAAAGAAUAAAUUGAAAAAAAGUUUAGCCAUCGACUAUCAAAGAUUUGUUUAAGCUGGAUUAUACUUCAAGAAUUUUUCCAUUUUUAGUUUUUCUGAUGUUUCUAUGAGUUUUCUCUCUAUGAUUAAUUUUUCUCCAAGAAAAAAAUUAUUAAAUUAAAGUGAAGGUUUCCGAGUUUGAAAGGACUGUGAAAAAAUUGCAGCUGAUUUUUUUUUGAUCUAACUUUUUGUAACUGAAUUAUUUCGCUCUAUAGUAUGUUCUUGCGGUGGAAAAAACUUGAAAGAGUUCUUCUUUUUUUCGUUUCCUUAACGGCAACUUUUUUCGUUUUUUCGUUUUCAAGCGCCAAUAAGCGCAACCUAGAAAAGACUGAAGGCUGGAAGAAAGGCCCAAAAUGAGAAUUUUUGCCAAGAAACUUUUCUUUUUCAGAAGGUUCUGAGUGCACACGGGAGCACGCGUUUUUGUGCGUUGAGUGCGUUUAAUUAGUCGUCGAAAUACGUUUUUCUUUCCAGCCUCGCGUGUCUCUUCUCCUUUUUUCGCUCUCUCCCUUUCUCACUUUUUUCAUUUUAUUCUCUUCUUUUUUUGGUGCUAUUCAUGUCACUUUCAAAGAGAAGAGAGACUUCUGAACGAAGCGCCAAGUUCGGAAAAUCUGAAAUAGAGCGAGUUUUUGGCAACGGCGGCUCAAAUGUCUUGAUUGAAUAAAUGCGCCAGGGCGCCUCAUUCGAUUACGUUCCCUUGGCUGACAAGUCAAUGGUGACGUGCUUCCCUAAUCAACCUGCUCGAAAACUUUUGAUAAGUCUGACUCAAAGACAGGAAAAAGGGAUGAGCUGUCAACUUCCUCCAGGAAAAAUGGUAUUUAAAGGAGAAGGACCGACAAGGAAGAUUAUUUCACUUUGCGGCUGGGAUUUUCCUGCACUUCUUGAUGCUCCCAAUGAGUCUCCACCUGCACAACUUUCUAGUUUUUGAGAAAUAAGGCUCAAAAACCUUGAAAUGGCUUAUUUUAAGGGUUUUCGGUGUCUUUUCUCGAAAGCUAGAAAGUUGUGAAAGUAUAGACUUUAAGGAUCUUGAUCUGAGACUUUGAAGAGGAAUAUUUUGGAAACUUUCAACCGCCAAGUAAAAUUUCCAUCCUUUUUAAAGAUAUUUAGGUAGUGUGUGACGUACUUCACAUUGGUCUUAUUGAUUAUUCUCUGUAUUUUUCCUAGCAAGAAAAUGUUUCAUUUGCGUUAUAAGAGACUUUCGUUUUAUGGUACAAUAAUUAGUAAAGAAUAAUUUACCUUGUGAGGAGAAAACGUAAUCUUCAAAUUUUUCGGCUAAAAAUCCCUUCCAAGCGUUGAUUUCAUAUAGAUUUUGCUCCGUGCUUUUGAAUAUUCCUUAUAAAUUCUGGCCUGCUCACGCCAAUCUUAAAAGAGUACUCGAAACUGCAAAUCGGAUAAAAUUACACUUUUUGCAGUAUUAUUCGUUAAAUAUGUUAUUUAACCUCGAUUUCCCGAAAAGUUACCUAAUGUCCGGAACACAUUUAGAGGAUGAAAAGUCCCAGAAAUCGUCGAAAAUUUUUUAUCACAAUUCCCUGUUCCCAAAAUGUUUUAUAAGAUGUCACUGAAAUACAAAAUUUUCUUUUUCUUUCUAUCUUCUUUCAUCUAAUUUUUUGAUUUUUUUCAAGGAAGGUGGUUUUGAAGAGCCUAGCGAAAUAGUGUAUAGAAACGAGAGAGUUUAGAGCACCCUACGUUUUUUCUUAAGACUUUAUCUGUGAUUUUUUUUUCAAGCUUUUUUAAUUUUGAGUGGCCCGCCCUAUAGUGGUUUCAGUUAUUGGCCAUCAUAGGGGCAUGCUAGUGACCUUUAUACGUCUUUUUAACUUUCAGAGCAAAAAAAAAAUGAGAGACCACUAUAGGGAUCACUUGAGCUUCAGAGCUUAGGGGUGAGACCUUAUACUCCUCGAGUAACCACUUAAAUUUCAGGGAGUACUGUUUUUUUUCCCUAUAGGGCUUUUUUUUUCCUAACCUUUUUAGUGACCUCUCUAGCGAUCCCAAGACCAUUUUGAAUCAUCGUUUUUCUCUUUUUUUUCGCUUCAACCAUGACCAAUCUGUUGUCAUCCAAUCAUCCUACCUGAAACCGAACACGUAAGAAAAAAAAGGCGUAAAAAGGUGGUGAGCAAAAAUAAUGGGCGGAGUCUUGGGGGGUGAAAAAGAAAAAAGUGGGCGGAGUCAAGGGGGGAUCGAUGGAGGCUUCUGGCGUGUGAGUGCUCUGUGUGAGUGUGCUGUGUGUGUGUGCGAUUCGCAUUUCUGGACCUACCAAUUCGGCCAUUUACCCCUACGCCUACUCUUUGACUCCCACUGCCGCCAUCAAGCCAGUCUAUAUCCAUACACUUGCUUUUUUCCUCCCCUCUGACUUGUUCCGAAACCUUAUGAUUCACUGAGAAAGUAGGUGGAGCCACCUCGGAUGCCUAGGGACGACGCCAAACUCGACUUUACUCUGACAAUCGCUACAAAAUCGCUUCAUUUCGCCUUCUACCCUCUUUUUUUUGUAGUCUUUACACGUUUCUUCCUCAACAUAAUGGCUUCCAACGAAGGCCAGGCUGCAGAAAAGGGACAAAAUAGACGUAAAUUGCUCGAAAUAAACCAUUUUAGUUUCAUUUUUGAGCUUCUAUUCACCAGACUUCCGGAUUUGCCCGUUUUGAAGAACUUUGACCUCGUCGCUUAGAAUGGAGGCUAUUAUUUUUGAUUGAUAUUUCCUGGUUUUCGUCUGGAAAAGGCUUUUUUUGAACAUUUUGAACAAAAUAUUAUGUACGGUAGAGGCUGGAAUGUGUAUGGUCCGCAAUUCUGUGAGACGGUGCAAGAGUUUCGUUUUUCAAUUUUUCGAGGUUUUAACACUGUUUUUUUGUUAUUUUUUUCAAGUAUUCUUCAAAAAAAUUAUUGAAUGAAAAAAAUGUUCGAUUGGAGUAUUUUUAAAAAGGCGUUAUUUUUUUCAAUUUUUUUCGAAAUAUUUAUUUUUUUCUAUGGGCUUUUUCAUGCUUUUAACUGUAUUUUUUUCAUUACCAUUCUUUCAAAAUCCAAUAAUAGGAUUUUUUCGUUUUGACUCAGUAAAAUUUAUAAAUUUUUUUUAUACAGAGCUCGCAAUUUUUGAUUUUUGCCGCUUUUUUUCAGAAUUUUUAUGUAAUUACAAUAUAGAUAAAUCUUAAUCAAUCUCGAAUUUGAAAAAGAAACCGCGUUUGAAUUUCAAAGGAUCAUAGAAAAGUUUCGAAAUGUUUACGGAGAGAAAAGCCGGUUUUAUUUCGGGAUAUUUCAACAGAAUUUUAUCAACUUUUUUUGAAGUUUUGUUUCGAGUUUCGCUCUGAUCGUUCUGCCACAAUUUCGCUAUUAUCAAUUCAGAAACAGUUUCAGAAAUCGGAGGAGGUAGGGUAAAAACGUCGGGAGACGCGUCAAGAGCCACGCCACGGAAGCGUCGACGACGACGACGACUUGGACGAUGUCGCAGUGGCGAUGAGACACCGAUGGCCGAGUGCCAACUCCUGGGCGGCCCUGGCGGCGGCCCUGACGUUGCUCCUGCCGCCCGGCGACGCCAUCAAGUGCUACUGUACCGACGACAAAUGCAUCCCGUACGGGUCCUGCGACGGCGACGUCUGCAUGGUCGGCAUCCUUCGCGAGUCCAACCAGGUGAUCCGCACCUGCGGCACCAGUCAGCUCGGCUGUCAUAGGUUCGUUUUUCUCACAUUCGUUCAGUCUUCAAAGAGGAUUUUGGCGAGAUUUCCGACUUUUCGAAAAUUUCUGAAAAAUGAUAUUUCAACAGGAUUUUACCAACUUUUUCUCAAAUUUUCAUUUCUGCUUCCUUAGCCUCGUGACGUGAAUAAUGAAAAUAUUUAGUUCAUUGCCAUUAUUUAAAAAAAUAGAAAUAAAAUAAUAUAAAAUAUAAAAUCGUUUUUUUAUAUUCGAAGGCUUAUCACUAGUAGAAAAAAAGGAAUCAAAGAGUAGAACCCUUUGAAAAUCAUUUUUUCGGAACUGGCGACUCAGUGGGAAACACCCAAAACUACAGGAUUUCAAGAGUUGGAAGAUUUUUUUCUAGGCCUGGGCCUAAAUUGUGAUUUUUUUGCUUCGGCCAUUUUCUCCUAACCAGUAAAAAAAAUUCAAGCCAGACUUAUAAAUUUGAAUUAAAUGAAGGAAAAAGCUUUUUAAAAAGCCUCCAUGAGACUUUCCGAGCUUUAGAACUUUUUUUUCUGCCUUUUCAACGUUUUUUUUUAAGCUUUUAUAGACAUUUUUUUCAUCCCUUUGUUUUGAAAAAAACUCAUUUUUUUCCCGAUUUUUUUCUUCUCAAAAAAACUGUUGAUAAUUAUUUUUUUGAUUAAGCCUCUUUCCAGUUUUGAGAAAAAAAAUUAAUUCAUAAUAUGAUAUAUCUCAUGAACUUGUCAAAAAAAUAAAAAAACUAUAGAAAAUCGUAGGACCUUUCAAUCUCCUUUGUUUUUGCUUUAUUUUUAUUUGUAAACUUGAAAAAAAAUCGUAUUUUUCUACAACAUUUUUUUCAUAGUUUGUUAGCAAGUUUUUUUGCUGCGAUUUUCAAAGGAAAAUAGACGAUUUCCAUGAAAUCUUCGAUAAGAAAUUCUGUUGUCACUUUUAUUCUAGGUUAACUUUGGUUUUUGUACCUUUAAACACCCGGAAAAUAAUUUCCAAGCAAAUUGAACUCGCGUUUUUUGCAAUGAGACAUUUUUCAUCUUUGUAAAGUCGGCCCAACUCGAAACCGGAAGGUCGGGUAGGCAGAAGAAGCAGGCGAAGGGCCGAAAAAGCACAGUCGCACUGAAAUUCGAGACCUCGCGGCUCAGACGUCGCCGGCGUCCGUUAAUCUUUUGGGUGCCCUCGGCCACUUUGUACACCAAAUCACUUAAGUGACCCGGAAAAAGAGUCUAGAUUAUCGGACAAAGUUUUUUGCACUUGCCAAAAAUAUUAUUUUUUUGGCGACUCUGAAGAAGAAGUAGCUUUUGAGAUCCCUUAAGUGACUCCAAAAUAAUUUCUUCCGAGCAAAAUUUCCGCACUUGCCGAAAAUAUUAUUAGCUUUUUUUGGCGCCUCUGAAAAAAGAAGGAGUUGUUUUUGAGAUGCCCUGCUUGCUCCUUUGGGAAAUCCUGCAUAAAGCACUUGUUCCAGAGAGAUGAAGAGUUUUUUGAAUUUCAUGAAAAGUGGCGUUUUAUUCGCGCAAAAUAUAUUUUCUCAUUGUUUUGGAGUGAGAAAAAUCAGAGCAGUGGUCUUUGUUUUGAGAAUUUAUAGCUGGAGAGUGAAAUUUAUGUGUCUUUUUUUGGAUUCCAUUUGUUAUUGUAGUUUUCAAGGAUCCUAGAGAAAUUCUGGAAUAGUGAAGGCAAAUUUUUACAUAAUUGAGUAACAAACCAGGUAUUAUAAUCCCUAACUGAUCAAAUUUGAAAAUAAUCAGUUUUUCUGGUGUCAAGGAAAAUAUAGGCGCCUUUAUUAGGUUUUUUGAAGGUUGAUAAGUUUUUUUGCUUUAUUACUGAAUUUUUGAAUUUUACGAAGGUUGUAAUCAAUUUUAUUGCAAAAUAUCGGAAAAAAAUAGUUUUUUUAACUUUUUCUGUCCAAAGAAGCCUCGGACUUAAUACUUACUAAAAAUUUUUUUUCUUUGGUUUUCCAAAGAACUUUAUCAUAAAGCCUUUAUGAUACUGAAAUUUCCAGUCCUCAUUAAUUCUCAUCAAGAGCACAGCUUUAUCGCAAAUAAGUUUGGUACAAGUUUUUCUAUAAUUUUCCACCUCCAAACGAGUUUUUCAGCCUUAUAGCUUCCAGGAUUAAUUAUUGCAUUUGCUUUUCCAUGGUCUGAUUCAUCAUUUUUGCUUUUCACACCAAAAUAGGCUUGCUAAGGGGUUAAGAAACCUAAGAAGAUGCUCUGUGAUAAGAAAAACGGAAGUAGAAGUUCCUACAGUAAAACAGCCUGGUUGUUGGCGAUCUAUACUGGAGCAAACGUGCCCAGACGAACUGUAGUGCUUUUUUGAAGUUCAUGUAUCAGCUAACUUUAUUUUCUUUCCUGUAGGCUGAUUCAUCAUUUUCAUGAGGAUAGAUAAAAGUUAGCUCCCCUAAACGGUUCUCCGAACGUGUUCGGAUAAUAAGAAGGACGGAAGUAGUCUCUACAGUGAGUAAGCCCGACUAAUGGCGAUCUAUACUGGAGCAAACGUGCCCAGACGCACUUUGUCGCGACGGCGUCGAGAGAGCAGACGACGGCAGAAAGAAGGCCAAAUCAAAUUUAUCCGCCAUCGGGCCCAUCAUACUCUUUCAUGCAGGCAGGCAGCACCUAGUGCAGCUCACCGAGCCGAAUUUGCUCGGCUGCCUCAAGUCGAAACAGCGCAGGCCAACAUUUGAUACUCUGAAAGAGCCUCCUCCCAUGAUGUCAUCUGGGAGGACACCAAGAAUUUCAAAUUUUUUUCCGAAAUUUGAACGCUCAAGGCUUCCCUCGUGUAGUUGGAAAAGUUAAGAGAAGCUCAGAGAAAGGUUGAAAAUAUAAUUUGAAGCUUGCGCUAUGAUUAUUUUUUCGAUUUUUUAUAAACUUUUUUGAGAGGUGAGAUCGACUCUUACUGCCUAAAACGUUUGAAGAUUCUGGAGCGUUCUAGCGGAGUGUCGUAAAGAAAAAAUAAAGUAAAAUCAUUUUUAGGGAUUUCAAAAUGUUGAGAUUAAAAAAGCGGAUGAAAAUAUCAAUAAAAUAUUCAGUGACAUUUCGCAAGCGUUCCAGCGGAGUGUCGUAAAAAAACACGAAAAGAUUUUUUUCCACGUCUCCUGGCUUUUCAAAUUACUCUACACAUAAUUACACAGAAAACUUAAUUUUUCAGCUGCUUCGUGCUUUUUUUCUCAGUUGCGAUGUGUGGAAAAUGGCAACAUAUUAUUCAAAAGAAGAAUUAUUAGCCUCGGGGACUCAUAAAAGCCUUGAGCCUCGGUUUUCAUUCGAUUCUGGGGGUUAUUUUUUGCGAAGCACGUUUUUAUGUUUCUAGACGCUUACGAGAUUGAGAAUUAUUUUAUUAAUUCCAAAAAAAAAUCAUGACCAAACCAUGAAAAACCAAGCUGAAGCUCACCCCGAAUAAACCAAGCAAAACCAAGCUGAAGCUCACCCCGAAUAUCCAUGGUUUUUUUCCAAUUUUUCCCGAAAAAAAACCUCCCAAAAAAAGCUGCGCAACAAUUUAUCAAGCUUGCCAACACAUAAUUGAUGAUAAGUCUUCUUUUUCUCCGGCGUUCGGAAAGUAAGCCUCCCGUAGGAGAAGGAGAAGAAGUUGGCUGGUGGGCCCCUCGUGCAAGAAUAAUUGCGUGCCGCUUCUUUUGUUUCGGUUCACGCUUCCCUCCCGAGCUGCUUGAAAAUGCGGACGCCUAGCUUCUGAGCAUAUCGAAUCCGUUUCGUUCCUCGAAUUUGAUGGAUUCUGUAAGAAAUGACCGAUUUUCAGACAUUGAACCAUGUAAAAGAAAGCUAGUCUUAAAGAUCUCGAUUUUAUUUUAUUAUUCGGAGACUAUAUUUGAGAUCAGACUGAUGAGAAUCAUUGAGGAACAGUUUUGUUUGCAAAAAUUCGAUUAAAUGCAUAAAAAUCAUUUUUUAACUUUUUUUUGUAUAAAUUGAACUAAGCGUCCCCAGCAAUUAUUGAGCCCAGGAAGCAGAAUGAGCUAUAAAUUUAAUUGGGGAUUUUCUGUUUUGCAUAUUCUUUCCGGCCAUGUGACCUUUCCAAGCUAAAGUUAGAUUUUUUUAUAGUCUGGUUUGAGAAAAGGCUGUAGUUUUAUGGAAAAUAAAUUAAAGAACUGGACUAUGGAAAAAAAUCAUCGAAAAAAAGGAAGCAGAAAAAUUCGACCAUAUUCUUAUUUUUUUGUACAGAAAGUUUGUUUCUCUGUGAAUUUUUUUAUUUCUUUUUGUUUGAAAAACCUUUUGGAAAAAUUUGUAAGUCAAAAAAACUAAAAUUUCAGUAACAGUGGUUUUUUUAAAAAUAAAAUGACAUACUCAGUUUUAGACUUUGAAAUUGAAAUUUAUGAAGUUGAAGGUAUUCAUGAGAUAAACCCAUCAAUUCAAAAAUUGAUGUAUAUUGAGAAAAAAAAGCAGAAAACUCGACAAAAUAGACCGAUGGAAUUUUUUUUUUUGGAAAAUCAGAAGUUGUUUUUUCAGGAACGAAGAAGAUAAGUGGACGGAUUUGUGCGCCUGUGAUCAACCUUUCUGCAACACCUUUGCCUACCUUCGUUCUCACACCAGGUAAGUUCAGAAAUUAGCGGAGGCAUGCUCGAAAAACUGCUCGAAAAUGUUUUUUUUUGUUCAAAUUCAUGCUCGGUAGUGUACUUCAGUCGGGAAAUGAUGGCUAGAUUAUGUUUUUUUGCAACUGAAAAUGAGACAAAUUUAGUAUUAUUCGUUCAUGAUUAUAUUUUGAUUGUAAGUGCGCUCCAACGAACAGUGGUUAUUUGAGGGGAGUCUUGCGCGUUUUUUUCCAUCCUUUUAAUGUAUUUGAAGCGAGUUUAAGAAUUUUGAAGUAGUUUUUCUUAUUAAGUUUUGAGGUUUCAAGUUCACGGCUCAGGAUUUGUCUCAUUUUUUUCAAUAUUUUUUCAUAAUUUUUUGCAUUUUGCUCGCAUCACCGCUGACUGUUCUGCGUAGAGAAUGCAAAACUACAAAUUUUCUUUUUUUUGUAUCUUUAGGAUUGGUUUUCUGAUGUUUGUCAGAACUUUUUAGGCUUAAGUUCAACUUUUUGGUAGCAAGAAAACGUUUUUUUAAGUCUAAGAGUGACUUUUUUAUAAAAAAAUUCUUCUUGAGGACUCGAGAAGUAAUUUAUAAUUCUUUGUUCCAAUAUAAAUCCGAUUUUCACUGUUUUCUGAGUUCUUCUGAUAAGUGACGCAUUGAAAUUUUAAAUUUUUUGCCUUUCUAGGCGAAAAAGAACUGAAUAAACGCGUGGAAAAAACUUGAAAUGACGUCAUUUUCCUAGUUGGCCCUGGAAUGACGUCAUUUUAAAUCAUCGAUUUUCGAAUUUCCGGUACUUUUAGAACGUUUUUAAGUAUAUUUACAUGAUUUUACUGAUUUUCAAUUCAUUUUGAGGAUCCAGGCGAUUCGAAACAGGUUUCAUGAAACUUGAAAGAUGCAUAAAUCGAAAAAAUAACCUAUAUAACCACUAAGAACCUUUUUCGGUACCGAGACCUAACUUUUGUCCAUGCUCCUUUAAAAAAUUUUAAACGGAGUCAAAAAUUAUUGGGUUUUAAUCACGAUUUCCCAGAGAUUUACCAAAAUUGAAAGCAAAUUACAUUACAGUUUCUAGAGAUUAUGCACGUGAAACAAUUUUUUGUUUCUUGUCGUGUUUUCGGCAUGAAAAGGAUGCAGAUGUCAAGGGCAAAAUGAGACGUCGUUUUUUUUUUCUGUCGGAAAGCCUCGAAUUUCCUGUUUUUUCUCCUCGUCCUGACAAUGGGCGAGCCAGUAGUCGUUGUUUUUUUCUGCGGAGCGCAUGCAUAUAUUUUCAUGCCUCGUUGUACUGAAUUACACUACAAAACAGAAGUUAUAGGCUACCAUAAACUCGAUUUUGCACAAUUUUGAAGUGAGAAAAAGAGUUAUCUACGACAAUUUUUCGUGAUUUUUAGUGUUUUAUGAUCGACGUUGAGCAAAAAGUGGGCUCUUAAGGGUUCAUAAAAGUUUGGGAACGAAUUUUUAUUUCUUUAAUGGAUCAGGCCUAUCUUUGGGUGCCGUGGAGACGAAAUCAUUACAUUUAGCGGUGGAAAAAUCGAAUUUUUGCCUGGAAAUAAGAAAUUUUUUUUAUUCGUUUUACUCAUUUUUGAAUGACUUUUGGCCUCUUUUUCAAAUAAGAACUAUGGAAGCUCGAACAAGAAUGAGGUGUUUUCUUAAGGAAGAGUUUUAAUAUUUGGUUGAAGAUAAUUUAGUGUGAAAUUGUUCAAAUUCCCACUUUUUUCCUCCAAAAGCGAACAAAAAAGAAGACGAGAACUCCAAACGUAUUAGUAAUUGGGAACAAGUCGAGCGGAAAUUCGGAAUCAAGGGGAAAUUGGGCGGCAAUUAUGCCUCGAGUCCAUGCAUAUCCGAACACUUUGAAACUGAACGUGGCAUUUUGCCCUUUCAGCUUCUCAAUAUUCAUAGGCCUUCAAGUUUGGAAUAUUUUCAGCUUUUUUGUUCUUUAUUUCGACCAUCAUUAGUGGAGGGACGGUUAAAAAAUGAGUGAAAUCGCAAAUAUAUUAUUAAAUAAAUCAUCGAAAAAAGUCUGUAAAGUAUGCAAAAUUUUUGAAAAAAGUUGUUCAUUGUCUAUCGAAAAAUCCGAAAAAAAGGCAGUUUCCAAGCCUUUUCUGCACAUUUAUCAUUCUCUUUUUCGAUACUUUAUGAAGUUUUUUUUGUUUUUUCUUCUAAAACCAGAAAAUCUUGGACCCCCCUACGUUUUACACCUUACAAACUUUCCUAUUCAGCCCUUCAGUAACCCAAAAAAGUUAUCCUUGUGUUUUUUUUUGUUAGUUGAACGUCGCCCAGUGACAAAGUGGCUCGUUAGGAGCUUCCGGUGGUCUUUUCUGGUUUCCGCUCUCAAGCCAAAACGCCAAGAGCUCAUUCUCUUCCUCCCAGAACACAGCUUUGCAUAUAGAGGACAAAUCUGACAUUACUUGAGAAGGAUUGAAAUUUUAGAGAAACGGUCGAAAACAAGCUGGAGAGAAUUGGCUCACAAAACUCCGAAAAAAGCGAAAAUUAAAGGAAGGAUCUUUAUUAUCUACAGAAAAUAUCCAUUUUCCUAUUAGCCGUGGUCGCAGUUGGAAUGGCUCGAAGCGUUGCAGUUCGAUUCUUUGUUCAUUCAACCGAAGGUGCAGAACUUUUAAAUUGUAUCCUACUUUCUGAAAAUGUAUGUGAAAAAAGCUACAAUGCUCAUUGAUGUAGUUGCGCGCAAGUCGUUUUGGGUCGGUUACAUCUCGAAAGACUGUUCCGCAGCCGCUACGCGUCGAGCCAUCCCACAUGCGGUUACCAGAUUUGACUUUAAAAAAAAUUUUCGCAAAGUUUUCCCAUUUUCGACUCUCAUGACUGCCAGAAUGAACAUUUUCGACUUUCCUGGGACUUUCAAGCUCUUUUGAUCAAUUUUAAAUAUUCUCAGUGAGCCUUAAAAGGAAAUGAAAUUCAAAAAAGCAAGAGCAUGUGUUCCGAGCCUACAUAUCUAACUGAAAGAAGCAUCCCGAUAUGCAUGCCGUGACUCUCCAGGCGACGCUCCUCGUCUUACGAAUGGUCGGCAGAAACUUCUAGUUCUCAACGGGACCGAGACGUGCCGGCAGCACCUCCGCCAGCCUCCCUGGGGGAGCACGACGCGCCGCUCGUCUUCCAUCGGAUGGACCGGCCCGACGAUCAGACCGGACCGCCGCCGGCGCCCAUUUCCACCAAGACUUCGCUGCUCACCCUGCUCCUGGUAGUGGUACCACUCACUGUUGGAGCCGCCACCGUACUGGUGAGAACUUUUUGUCAGUUCGCCAAGACUUGAUAUAUAUCUAUUUCUCUUGAUUUUGCGGGUUCAAAUUUUUGCCUACCCCCUUUUUGUCUUCAAAUCUUCCCAAUAAAAACAAAAAAAUUAUUCAUUUUCAGGUCGUCGCGUUCAAUUACUACUGUCAUUUGUGCUAG